AUGCCCGCCUCGGCAAUUGAUCCCAACAAGUUCGACUCGAUACCAGACACUAUCGCAGCCUUCCGAAAUGGCGAAUUCAUAGUCGUAAUGGACGACCCGGGCCGGGAGAACGAGGGCGACCUAAUCAUCGCCGCCGACAGCAUCACACCCGAGCAGAUGGCCUUCAUGGUGCGGUACUCGUCGGGCCUGAUCUGCGCCCCCAUAACACCCGCCCUCACCGAGUCCCUCAAGCUGCCGCAGAUGGUCCCCGACAACGAAGACCCGCGCGGCACCGCCUACACCGUAUCCGUCGACUCGGCCGACCCCUCCGUCACCACCGGCAUUGGCCCCCACGACCGCGCCCUGACCGUGCGGACACUUGCUGACCCGAGCGCGACGGCAGCCAGCUUCCGCCGCCCGGGGCACGUGUUCCCGCUGCGCGCGAGACCGGGCGGCGUCAGGGCGAGGAGGGGCCAUACCGAGGCGGCCGUGGACUUCUGCCGUCUAGCGGGCAAGGUCGAGGCCGCUGCCAUCUGCGAGAUCGUCGAUGACGGCGCCGAGGUCAAUGGGCGGGCCAUCCGGGAGGGGCCCGGGAUGAUGAGGGGCGAGGGCUGCAUCGCCUUUGCGCGGAAAUGGGGGCUGAAGGCCUGCACCAUCGAGGACCUGGUCACCUACCUGGAGAAGACCGAGGGCGAAGUCGGCGCGAAUGGAAGUUCGUAA